GGUCACAUUCAGGGUGAAGACUACAGUGGGGUUUGGCAGUAGCAGGGAGAAAUUGGCUGUACUCUGCGUACAAGAUCAAAUGGAGAAUUACAGCCAAGGAACAGGGUGUGGGGGUCAAGGGGAUGGAAACUUACUAGGAAGAAAUAUCUGGUGGAAGGGGGGAUUCUGGCUAAACCCACUUGACAAGAUUUUUAUUGAAGGUAGGCCAGGGUGAUAAGGACUUUAGAUACCAAGGGUGGUCAGAUUCCAAGGUUGGGAGAUGCAGAAUUUGACCAGGUAUCAAGUUGGGGGAUUUUCCCUAAACUGGAUCCCCCAAGAUUCUUGUUAAAACUGUACAAAAAGGGCCCAGAACAGAGCCCAAGGGCCAGGCCUGGUCAAGAAGAGGACUCAGGUGCUUGACAAAAGUUUCGUGAAGGAGAGAGAGUUCGACCAUAGUAGGUGUGCAACAAAUGGUCACUUACAUAGGUAUAGUAAGAAUACUUAGCUAGAUAUACAUUUUUAAUUUAUUCUAAUUUGUUAUUAACUUUAGUAAGCAUAACAAAUGUUCAGGAUUACUUGAACAUUGGAAUAUAAACCUAUAAACCUUUCAGAAAGUCAUUUAAGUUUGAAUAAUUGGGGCAUUUUUCUUAUUUUGUGAGAGUAUCAUUACUAAAAUCAGAUUUAAGUCUUUUGUAAGAUUCAUAGUUUUCCCUAAAUGUUAACUAAACUGUUGUAAUUCAGGAACGAAAUAGAUCUGAAUAAGUCUACCCAUCAGUGUCUUGCUAUCUGAAAUCGUUCUGCUUGUUAUUUGUAACUCAGAUGCCAAAUAGAUUGAGACAGUGAAGGAUAUGUGUAUAUUUAUACAAUUUUUAAACAUUUUUUAUUUAAAACUGUACAUUUCUAAGUAGUGCUUUAGUAGUUUCCUACAAAUUUAGAUACAUUGUUUUUAUUGUCAUUCAACAUGAAAAUGUAUUUUACUUUCCUUUUUCUUUGACCAGAGGUUACUUAACAGUGUUACUUAAUAAUUUCCAUAUGUUGGCAUUUUCUCAAUCUUACUGUUACUGAUUUCUAAUUUAAUUGCACUGUGGUCAGAGAAUAUAUACUUUUAAGAUUCCAGUCUUCUGAAACUUAAUUAUGCAUAUGGGCUAUUUUCGUGAGUGUUUCAUAGGCAUUUGAAAUGAGUGUGUUUUCUGCAAUUGUUAGGUCUAAAUGUCAAUUAUAUGAAGUUGGUUAGUGUAGUUCAGAUUUUCUGUAUCUUGAUUUUUUUUUUUUUUGUCUACUUGUUCUAAUUACUGAGAGAAAGGUGUCAGUUUGAGAUUUUGAGUGGGAGAGGUGAACCCCUUACCUAACUUUGUGGAAGUAUAAUGGACAAACAAUAAACUGCACAUAUUUAAAGUGUAUAGUUUGGAAAGGUUUUCACACACAUGCACAUGUGUGAAGCCACAGUCAUAUCUGUCCUUCCAAAGGUUUCCUUUUGCCCUUUUGUAAUGUCCCCUACCUUUCUCCACUCCUCCAAUCCUGAGGCAACUACUGAGCUGCUUUCUGUUACCUUACAUUAGUCUGCAUUUUCUAGAAUUUUAUAUAAAAUAGCAUCAUGCCACAUGUACUCUUACCCUUUUAUGAUUGAAAAUUUGUCCCUGUAGAUCUGGUACUAGGUGUGUACCAUUUAGGGUUGCUUUGUGUUCUAGAUGACUUGACCCUAUUAUCAUAAUGAAAUGUCCUUUUUCUCUUUGUCAGCAAAGUCUUUUGUUCAGAGGCUAAUAUAGCCAUGCCAACUUUCAUGUGCUGGCUGUUUACAGAGUUUUUCUACCAUCACGUUGUUUCUAAUCUGUGUAUUUAUGUAUAAAAUGUCUCUUGUAGAUGGCAUACAGUUGACCUUGCUUUUUAAAAAAUCUGACAAUCUCUAUAAUUCAAGUGUUUAGUCUGUUUACAUUUAAUGCAAUUAUUGAUAUGAUUGAUUGUUAGUCUAUCAUAUUGUCUUUUUUUCCAUUUGAUCUUUCUGGUUUUCUUGAUCCUUUCUUAUCACAUUUUAGGUAUUGAGUGUUUUUUAGUAUUCUUUUAUGACUUUUUAACUAUCUCUUUGUAUAAUAUUUUUACAGCUAGCAGUAUGUAUCCUUAAAUUAUAAAAUUUUCUUUAAUCAGAGGCUACUUUAAUAUUGCAGCACUUUAUAUCUCACAGUUCACAUUUCUUAUUUCCUGACUCAAUACCUUUACAUUUCCCAUUUGUUGCUUGACACUUAGCACUACCCCUUCUUACUUCCUGAUUUUCAGUUAGCAGUUCCUAAAUGUAUCAACCUAACAACAGAUUAAUUCUAUUACCCUCUCCUUGCACUAUUUUUAUAUUUUCUACUUACACUAUUAUAUUUGCUUUUAACAGUCAGUUGCCUUUUAAGGAAAUUGGAAGAAAUAAAAGCAUAGUAUUUUUACAUUUGUUCACUAUGUAUUUACCAUGUUUGGAGAUCUUCAUUCAUUUCUAUAGAUACGAGUUUCCCUUCUUAGAAGAAUGCCCUUUAUCAUUUCUUACAGUACAAGUCAGUAGUAAAAAUUCUCCUAGCUUAUUUUUAUCUGAAAAAUGUUUUUAUUUUAAUUCUUGGUUUUGAAAGAGGUUUUUGCUGGAUGUGGAAUUCUGGUGGAUUUUUUUUUUUCUAGAAUUUGCAUUUCAUUCUUUUAUAAUUUCUGUUUCUCUGUGGAAAGUCCCUAUCUCUUCUCUCAUUGACUAUAUUUUUCUUUUAGUCCUCAGGGCAGCUUGGGGUUGGUUUCUCUUGACUACAUUUUUCCUUGACUUUGAGUCAGAUUUUCCUAUUUUUUUAUGUCUAGUAAUUUUGGAUUUCCUGGAUAUUGUGGAUGGCACAUUGUAAACAGUAAGGAUUCUGUUAUAGUCCUCUGAAGAGUGUUAAUUUUUGUUCUAAUAGGCAGUUGAGUUACUGACUGAUCACCUUUAAUUUACACUGGCUUGAUUUUAUUCCUUGUUAGGGCAGAUUUUGCUCAUGUGGAGGCCAACCCUUUGCCACGGGCUCAUAAGGAAACGCACAUGGAUGUCUGUGCUGCACCCCCACAACUCUCUCUUCUUCAUUGGCCUGUUCUUCAGAUUCCAGCCACUUGAGCAGCUCCAAAUUCUGAUCUCCAUCUCCUUAUUUUAGUGAGUCACUGAACUCUGAGCACCAUAGCUGGGAAUUGUCCCCAUGCAGACAUCCAUCGUGAUCAUGGGGCUUACCUUGAGUUUUUCUUCUUGCAGGGAUUCCAUUCUUGUCUGCUUAUUGUCCAGUGCUUGAAAAUAGGUGCCUGAUAAGUUUUCUCCAUUUUUAUAGUUUUUUACAGAGGGUGGGCUAGUUUAUAGUAUCAGCUCUGCCAUGGCCAGAAACAGAAUUCCCCAAAUAUAUACUUAUUGAGCACAUAAUAUGUGACACUGUAGCACACUGGAUUCUGUAUGAAUAUAUAAAUGAAAUAUGUGGGUUUCUUUUUCAACAAAAAAUUAGUGAAGUCUACAGGAGAAACAUAAUAUUGGAUUAACUCCUUUUACCUCACUCUUUCCUUUUUUGCACUCUUGAAAAUUGUUUUCUUAUCUUUUUGGCUUCUAAAUGAUUUCUGAUAUAGAAAUUGUUUGAGGGAAGUGGUCAGUGCUAAUACUGAAGGAAAAAGCAGCUAUUAAAAGCUGGAGAAUUAUACUGAUCUCUGAUUGAGCCUGACAGAUUAAGUGAUUGGGUGUUUUUUUAUUGUAACAAUUAGUGUCAUGGAGAAAUGAUACCCUCUAGCUUCUUAAUAACAUUUAAGGAUUGACCCAAUAAUUCAAUAUUAGGAUCAUAUACAAAAAGUUAACUAAAAAUAGUGCAUGAACCUUUAAAAAUACCCAAAUAUUAAUUUUGCCAUUUAAUAUUUCUCUUUUCACUAACUUGGUUGCUGUCUUCUCAAUUUUGAUACCAUUCACCGUAAAAUACUUACUUACUUCAAGGUAGUUUUUAAGGUGGUCAGUUUUUUUUCUAAUCCUUCUCUAAACCCAAGGUAGAAAAUUUCAUGUGUAACAGGAUUUUCAUUAAAUUCCUAAAAAGACCAGUUUUUACCAUGGCACUCAAAAGAAGUCACUUAGAAAUUUCACUGUACCUUUUGGGGUAGAGUUAAUUUGUUCUCUUAGGCCUCAUUUUAUUGUGGAAGCAUCUAAUCAUUUCAACAUUAGCCUUUACUUCCAGGGCAUUGAUAUCUUUGUUCGGCUUUAUUUUUUAGUCUGCCAACUUGUGGGUGCAGAUAUAGAAGUGCUGUGUGGAAGAGCAGUUCACCUGGAAACCAAUAGUGAGAAUGGUCUGCAUGGUGCAUUUGCUUCUUGUACUUGAUCUGGACGUUUGCAGAGCAAGAGAGAAUGUUAUAAAAUGGUCAGGGUGGUGGUGACAGUUUAGAUACAGUAUUAAUACUUUGCUUUGUCCCAUCAAGUUUACAAUCUUUCGAAAUAGAAUAGUAUGUCCAUUGAUUUCAGAAGAUCCAAGGUUCCCUCUGAGGCCUCUCAGGUCAGGGACAUGAAUUUGUUCUUUCUGAAAAUGUGCCCUUCUCCUCUGUGUAGCAUUUGCUCUCACUCCCUCUUUAGUAUCCCUCUGAGAGGCUCUGUGAAGACCUGGUUCUCCCCAGAGACAGCUCCAUCAGAAGCCCUCCUCCUGAAAGGACUUGCCAAGCCACAUGAUGCCUGUUGAGCUGGGGCAGGCCCCUGUCCUGCUGCUGCCCCUGGCGAAGGCUGAGGACCCCCCAUGUUCUGGACCAGAUGCCACCCCUCGAGAGGAGUUCUCGGGCCCUGAGGCUGCACGCCAGCUUUUCAGGCAGUUUCGUUACCAGGCGACGUCUGGGCCCCAUGAGACCCUGAGACAGCUGCGGAAGCUCUGUUUCCAGUGGCUGCAGCCAGAGGUGCACACCAAGGAGCAGAUCCUGGAGAUCCUCACGUUGGAGCAGUUCCUGACUAUCCUGCCUGGGGAGAUCCAGAUGUGGGUGCGGAAACAGCGUCCAGGCAGUGGAGAGGAGGCCGUGACCCUUGUGGAGAGCUUGAAGGGAGACCCCCAGAGACUGUGGCAGUGGAUAAGCAGCCAAGUUCUAGGACAGGAAAUUUUAUCAGAGAAGUUGGGACGUGCAAGCUGUGCAGCGGGGGACAUGGGGCCCCCUCUCGAAGUGGUGCCUCAGGAGCUGGGACUUGAGAAUUCGCCCUCUGGGCCUGGGGAGCCACUGCACUGCGCUGUGAAGGAGGAGUCUGACACGGAACAAGAGUCGGUGGUGGCUGCUUCCCAGCUUCCUGCCCAGCCUGAAGGGAGGCUCAGCGGAGACCAGGCCUUUGGAGCCUCUCUUCUCCAAACAGCACCUCAGGUGCAGUGGAGGCACCUGGAUUCCACUCAGAAGGAGCAAUACUGGGAUCUCAUGCUGGAGACCUAUGGGAAAAUGGUCUCAGGAGGCAUUUCCAGUUCUAAGCCUGAUCUGACUAAUUUAACAGAGUAUGGGGAUGAGCUGGCAGGACGGCACUUUCAUGUCAGUGAGAAGAUCCCGAGGCCCACCUGCAUUGGAGAAAGACAGGAAAAUGACAAAGAGAACCUAAACUUGGAAAAUUACAGGGACCAGGAACCUCCAGAUGCCUCCUGCCAGGCCUCAGGAGGGACACCUUCUCAGGUCUCUUUGAGUGGCUGCUUCAGUGAGGACGAGCUGAGAUGCUUUGGAGAAGGAGAGAAGCUCCUCGAGGUUCAGGAAAACCUUCAGGGUGAGGGGACAGGGGGACAGCUGUCUCCUCAGGAAAGGACUUCUGGGAAACAGCUGAGUCAGCAUUUGCCUCAUCCUCAUCUGGGAGAACUGUCUGUGCUGUGGCUUGAGGAGAAGAGAGAGACCUCCCCUAGAGGGCAGCUGAGAGCCCCCAUGGCCCAGAAACUCCCCACCUGCAGGGAGUGCGGGAAAACCUUUUACAGGAAUUCUCAGCUUGUUUUUCACCAAAGAAGUCACACCGGAGAGACGUACUUUCAGUGCCCCACCUGCAAAAAAGCCUUCCUUCGGAGUUCAGACUUUGUGAAGCAUCAAAGGAUUCACACGGGGGAGAAACCUUGUAAGUGUGAUUACUGCGGGAAAGGCUUCAGUGACUUCUCAGGAUUGCGCCACCAUGAGAAAAUCCACACAGGAGAGAAGCCCUAUAAAUGUCCCAUCUGUGAGAAAAGUUUUAUUCAACGGUCCAACUUUAAUAGACAUCAGAGGGUUCACACUGGAGAGAAGCCUUAUAAGUGCACCCGCUGUGGGAAAAGCUUCAGCUGGAGCUCGAGCCUUGAUAAGCAUCAAAGAUCGCACUUAGGAAAGAAGUCCUUUCAAUAGCCAAGCUCUGACAGCCCUUUUCCAUCUUCUGGCCCAUUUAAAACCCUUAGCAUCCUCCAGGGAGGCUGCAUUUGUUAACGUCUAUCCCUGUUCUCUUUCUGGUGGAUUGGAGAGGGGAGUACCUAUGCUGGUGUGGUUUUGGACUUGGAGGACAUUCUAAGCCUCUGGAUUGGAUUUCAUACUGGUUUAAUUUCUUGCUUCUGUAUCAGGAGAAAGAUACUCAUCAUCUUUCUGAAAGUUCCUUCUUUUGCACCUCUUGGAGAAAAAUGUGUCACUUGGAGACCUCAUUGUAGAGGUGCCAUCUGGGAAGCUUUAAGCGGGAAGAAUUAGCCCCAGUUGCUACUCAUGGGAAGAACUUCGGAUAGGCCUCUGGAGAAGGACUUCUGUUGUGGGAAGCGGGGCAGAGAGUACCAGUGAGCUCAUGUGUUCUUUUUGUCAUACAGGUGCCAAACUAACUUCAGGUGUCCCUUGUUUUAAAUAAACUUAGCAUUACUCCCUA